AUGUCAAAUGAUAUUAGAGUAAAUGUUGUUGGUGCGGGAGUUAUCGGUCUUACUACAGCAUUAAUUUUGCAACGACUUGGAUAUAAAGUUCAAAUUAUUGCUGAGCAUUUUCCUGGUGAUUAUAAUAUCAAUUACACCAGCCCUUGGGCUGGUGCUGAUUGGAGGUUUGAGAAGAGCCAGGAUAAAAAAUUUGACAAAUUUCUUGAAAGUACUUACAAAGUAUUAUCCGACUUAUCAAAUGAGCCAGGAACCGGACUUAAAAAAAUUCCUUCAGAAGAUCUUCCGCCCAAUACAAAAGUAGGACUUUUGUAUACAACGGUAACUAUUGAUGUUCCAAAAUAUCUUCAUUGGCUCUUUGAUCAAUUUAUCUAUGCUGGUGGUGCAACUCGUAAGGUGCAUAUUUCUCAUAUCAAUGAAGCAUUUGAAGAUGAUGUGCAUAUUGUUGUCAAUUGCACAGGGAUUUGUGCAAAGACAUUAGGUGGAGUAGAAGACAAUAAUGUGUACCCUACCAAGGGUCAAACUGUAUCUGUUUGGGCUCCUCACGUAAAAGCCGCAUAUUAUCAAAUCGAUCGGGAUGUUAUAACAUAUAUCAUCCCGAGAGAGUCGGGGGAAGUGAUUUGCGGUGGGAUCAAGGAUGAAUAUAAUUAUACGGCGGAGCCCGAUCCAAAAUUGGCGGAGGACAUUAUUCAACGUUGUGCAAAACUUUGUCCACAGUUAAUAGCAGGACGAAGCACAACCGAUCUAAAAAUUAUGAGACACAAUGUCGGACGAAGACCGUCUAGACUUGGUGGUACCAGAAUUGAAGUAGAAAUCAAAGAGAUUUCGAAUGGAAAAACUGGUAUUAUUUGUCAUAAUUAUGGACAUCAUUCUUAUGGAUACGCAUCAAGUUGGGGUUCCUGUUCAUGGGCCGUCGAACUGAUUGAAGAUGCCAUAAAAAAACAUCCAAAUCUUAUAAUCAGUUCCAAGUUAUAA